UGCCUGGGCGACGGCGGCCUGCGCAGCUACACGGCCGGCUCAGAUUAUUCUUCAGCGGGAUGGUUGCCUGGUACUGAAUCCUUGUGGCAGGCCACUAACAGUCCAUCAAGCAGUCAAAGUAACCAUAUCAGAAGACACAGUAUAGCUUCUGACAGCGGGGACACAGGCAUUGGUACCUCCUGUUCUGAUAGUGUGGAAGAUCAUUCAACUUCAAGUGGUACUUCCUCGUUUAAACCCAGCCGAUCAUUGGUCUCUAUUCCCACUGCCCAUGUGAUGCCGUCUAAUGCCAGCUCUUCACUUUCCAAACACAGGGAACCUUUCAAGUGUGAUGGUUCAAAAUGGAGUACAAGCCUUUUACGGUCAGGAGGAAGCAGAAAUCAGGGCACACGGGACAACUCUCUGGACAUGAAGGAUGCAAGGCCUGUAAGGAAAUGGUCAUCCUUGUCUAAACUCAGCACACCAGAUACCUGCAGUCAGGAUGAAAGUAUCCAUUCGGAGGACUCCAGGGCUAGUACAGACAGAUCAGGGAGAGACAAGACCAUGUCACCGCAAUUAAGGACAAAUGGGCCAAGUUGUUUGCAUACUAGUAUGGAAUUGCUAAAAAUUGAGGAUAAAGAAACAGGGAAAAAACAAUUGUCUGCACUGGACUGCAAAUACAAAUUUGAAAGUUGCAGCAAAGAUGACUUUGUUUCAGACUCCUCUCAUCGGAGACAUGCCUUAGACAUGACCUAUAGUGCCUUACCUGAAAGCAAACCCACCACGGCCAGUUGUGAGGCUUUUGGGCAAAAAUAUGCAACUUUGCAGUCUGUGAGUGGCGUUCCCAUUCAGCCCUCAGUGAGGACUCAGAUGUGGCUUAGAGAACAGUUGCAUGCAAAUCCUUUGGACUGUAGGACUGCAGAGGAGUCAUACAGUUUAGCAGCCGGGCAACUACAGCAGCUUGAAGAACUUAGAACGGGAAGUGAACAGUUUACGCAGGUUUUGACUGGCUCUUCUCGUCAAGGUUACCCAGCCACAGGGUAUCAGGAUUUACCCAAUUGGGAAUCUCUAAUGAAAAUCAAAGAAGGGUUGCUAAGACAGAAAGAAAUUGUGAUUGAUCGGCAGAAGCAACAAAUUAACAGCCUACAUCAGAAGAUAAGGGAGAAUGAAAUAAGAGCUCAGCAUGCCAGACUGAGCCAUCUUGUGAAUUGUGAAGAGUCUUUCAUGACUAAUUUACAGCAACCACAAUAUGAGAGCACAUCACUGCAACCUCAGUUUUCGGAAAGAUCAGUAUCCCACUGUGAGGCGUUUGAGCGAAAGCUUGCAGCAGUUGCGACUAAAGAAUUGGAACUCAAUGAGUACGUUAAACAACUAUCAAACAAAUCUAGUGAGGAUAAAAAGAAGAUGGAAGAGAAACUUAAAACUAGAGACAGAUACAUAAAUAGCCUGAAAAAGAAAUGCCAGAAAGAGUCAGAACAAAACAAAGAGAAACAGAGGCGAAUUGAAACCUUAGAAAAAUAUCUGGCUGACCUGCCAACGCUGGAUGACAUAGAAAGUCAGAGUAAGCAGCUGCAAAUUCUGGAAGAGAAGAACAAGCAGCUCCAAGAAACAGUGGCAGAUUUGGAGAAGAAGCUUGGAGAAGCUAGAGCACAAUGCAGGGAAAAAGAGCUGCAACUAGUGUGUCAGAAAAAAAAAGAAAAGGAAUUGGUCUCAACAGUGCAGAGUUUGCAGCAAAAAGUAGAAAAAUGCCUGGAAGAUGGUAUUCGUCUCCCCAUGUUGGACACAAAACAGCUGCAGAGUGAAAAUGAAUGCCUCAGAGAAGAGAAUGAGAAAGCCAGUAAGGUCAUAGACAAUCAACAACAUCAGAUAGCUGGGCUGAUCUUAGAAAUUCAGUCCAUGGAAGAGAAGAUUUUACAAGAUGAAUUGAGAGUUCAGAAGAUCACAAAUGAGCUUGAAGAAAAAGAGAAGAAUAUACAGCAGUUAAAUAAGACUUUGCUUGAAAACCAAAGACUCCUGGAUGAGAACGCCUCUUUGAGUGAGCAGAUAUGCCAUAUGGAAGAGUCCAGACAGCCAGUGUCUGCAAAGAUGCCAGUGGCAGAUCAGUUGUUCAAGGAAAUGUCCCAUUGUUUGUUUGACUUGAAAGCACUGUGCAGUAUUCUUACCCAGAGAGCUCAGGGCAAGGAGCCUAACCUUUCCUUAUUGCUGGGAAUCAGAUCAAUGAGCAGUUCGGCUGAAGAGAGUGAGCAUUACCAGAGCACAGAAACUCUUUCCAAGAAACUCUUGGAUGUGUGUCAGUUACGAAAGGAUAUUGAUGAAUUAAGGACAACAAUAUCAGACCGUUAUGCUCAGGACAUGGGAGACAACUGCAUUACCCAAUGAUAACAUUUUGCUCUGACAGCAAUGACUACAUUAUUAAAUGCUGCUGUGUUACAGUUCUUUGCAUUUCAAUUGAGGAGCCAUAUUGGAAGAUAGCAAGUUGCAUAUGAGCUGCACAUGGGUGUCUUGGAAGUUUUCAGUGGACCGUGCAUAUUGAAUCUGGGAAGUGGGCAAAAUCAUUUGAAGAGAGUAGUACAGACUACAAGAACAUCUUGGUUUCUCCAAACUACUGAACGUAGGACCAAGCUGUGAAGAACGUUCCUUAUAGAGACGUAACAUUUUGUUUCCUCUCUCAUGGCUUAUUAUAAUAACUUCAUGUGGUUAUAUUGUUUUCUGGAGUCAAAGCAAAGUGUUGAAAAAAGGCAUUGUUGUUACUACUGUACUCACAGUUACAUAAUAGAGAUCUGAACUCUGCUGUUGUAUUGAAAGGUGGGCAUGACAGGGUCAGGCACCCAUAGGUAUAGAAAUAUGAGUGGUGGAGCCAGAUCAUUCUGCAGAAGUCAUUGUGAUGGAAACUGCACUUGGGACAGUUGUAGAAAGCAGUCACGCUCAGUAGUGCUCUUUGACCCCAGGGGUGAUUUUCAGUAACUGAUCACUAAUGUUCAUUUGCAGUUGAUUGGUUCCCUCCACCCCAAGCAUAUGAAUAGACAAGCUUAAAAUAUCUAUAGGUGCAUGUGGGUCAGUCAUGAGCCGAUAUCAAAUCUUUUUUAUGCAUCUGUUCUUUAAACAAGGUGUUUAACUGUAUGACAGCUGGAACACACCCCCACAAACACCAGGAUGUGUAAAAUUUAAGACUAGCACUCCCUCAGAAACAGUAACACGGGAGACAUUUUAAUCACCUCCAUUUUAAAUGUGUACAGCCUGCACAUCAAGGGCCCAGUUCUAUACAGUUCCUCCACCAUUUACUUGAAAGGAAGAGCUGUAGGGGUUUUGGCCUCAUGCAGGAUCAAGGCCCAAUCCUGUCAGUGCUGCACAAACUCAGAAUGUUAUGUGAAGACUGUAACAUUUUGCAUGCUCUUUGGGGUCCUAGAUUCCUCCAGUCCUGCAGAGAGAGAUUUUUUUUUCUUUCUUUUUUUUUUUAAGGAGAGACUUAUGGGAACUGAAAAAUAUUCUCUGAGUUUUGAUCUGCAGUCAGGAGAGCCUCUGCAAGCCUGAAGGAAUGUAGUGCUCUCUCUGAGCAGAACUUAGCCUGGCAACUGCAUUCACUUGUUUUUCGGGGGGGACGGGACCACAGCAAACGAGUUCUCAUUUCCAUGCUGAGCUGGCUCUUACACUGUAUCAUUAUUAAAUAUUGAGUUGGUUUUCAACAAUUAAGAUCAUUAAAACUGAAAAGGUUUUGAGAGUAAAUAUGCAGCAUGUUUGCGUAAUUAUAAUGGCUGAUGGGACAGUGCUGAUAACAGGUCCCCUUGAUAACCUCAGUUGCUGUGACUGAGAGCGCAAAUCUAUGAUAAAGCAGUUGCAGUCUUAAGUUUCUUUAACAUCAAAAUUAUUAUUUUUAGACAGCAAGAAAUAGUCCGUGGAUAAUAUGUCAGUUUUGACUUUGAAAUUGUCAGUCUGGUGUUUCAAAAUAGUUUUAAAAAAAUGUAGUAGUUAACAAAAUUCUGGCCAAUCUUUUCUAACUGCUACAUAAUUUUAUUUAGCAGGUUUUUUUCUUGAUACCUGUACCUACACUCAACCCAGGUCUGUGAAAAUCCAUUUAGUAUUUACAUUAAUGCUUCACAGUAUUUUUUUAAAAAGAGAUCAUUUACUCAGACUGAAGCAGCUUUGUUGUGAGCAUUAAGAAUUAUCACAAAUUGGUCCUUCUUCCAUCCUUACUAUUGAAACCAUCUAGUCAUUACAUUAAAGAUAGCUUUUUUUUUUUUUUUAGCUCAAAACUAUGUUUCAGCUGGGAACUUGCUUUUUAGGGCCAUUUGCUUUUAAAUACCUAGAAAUUCUGAUUUAUAAUGGACCUGUUGUGGCAACUUUAAAAGGGGACUUUUCACAUUAGGGCAGAACUGAAACUAAGCAUAUUUGCACAAAAAGGGUCACAUAAGUUACUUUACUUGUAGCAUAGGGCUUGCUGUUACUGUUUAUGUAAACAAGAAAAAUCAAAACUCCUAAGUGGGAAAUGUAUUCCAGGUCUGAAGUGUGUGUGUGUGUGUGUGUGUGU